AUGCCCAUAAACAUUUUUCCGAAUGCUGAUUCUAUAUUCUGCUUCCUGACCACAACACAUGGUGUAUUGACUGCAUCCACCCUAUCUCUGACUCAAACCCGCAACAAGCAGAUCUUUGUGUUGAACUGCGGCAGUAGCAGCAUUAAAUACCAACUGGUGGGCGUGACUGACCCAGAAACUCCCCCCACUGUCUACUGCUCAGGCCUGGUGGAGCGCAUAGGCGAAAGCGUCAGCAAGUUUACGCACAAGAG